UUACUGACAAUUCUGUCGAUCACGACGAAACUCAUCGUGAUAUUUAAGUAACUGUUGAACUGAUUAAAUCGACCUAAUACAAAAUGAUAGUGAAGAAAAGAAUUCAACAGUGUUCUUAACUGUAUCUUAACUUGAUCGGAUCGGGCAAUCAACUGUUACCGUAUGGAGAGCAAUCUUUCACUUCUUAAGUGAUAUGUAGUGACACGGGCCGCCGAAUAGAAUCUUGAAGCUGUCUCUAGAUCGGCUCCAGUCCUCCUCGGUUUUCAUUUGCCAGUAUAUUUAGGGGUGCGUGAUUUUCCGCUUUUUAGUAUGGCAGGAGGAGCAUUUGUUUCAAGUGGUGGAGGGAACUAUGAAGGUCGUGUCACUGCUAAUGUUGUUAUCACUUGCAUUGUUGCGGCCAUGGGCGGUCUCAUCUUUGGAUACGAUAUCGGAAUUUCAGGAGGAGUGACUUCAAUGAGACCGUUCUUGCAGAAGUUCUUCCCCGCCGUGUACAGAAAGGAGACUAGCCCGAAACUUCGUGAGAACAACUACUGCAAGUUCGACAGCCAACUGCUUCAGCUGUUCACCUCGUCUCUCUAUAUUGCGGCGCUGAUAGCCUCCUUCUUUGCCGCCACAGUAACGAGAAGGUUCGGACGGAAAUUAUCCAUGGUUUCUGGAGGAGUGAUCUUCCUUGCUGGAGCAAUCCUCAAUGGUGCUGCAGUGAAUGUUGUGAUGCUUAUCAUCGGCCGUAUAUUCCUUGGUAUAGGCGUCGGAUUCGCCAAUCAGUCUGUGCCAGUCUACCUGUCUGAAAUGGCACCACCAAAAAUUAGAGGAGCCCUGAACAUGGGAUUCCAGUUGGCCGUCACAAUCGGAAACCUAGCAGCGAAUGUGAUAAACUAUGGGACUAACAAAAUCAAGGGGGGAUGGGGCUGGAGGGUCUCACUCGGUCUCGCGGGUGUCCCUGCUCUGAUGAUGAUCAUCGGAUCCAUCUUCCUGCCAGACACUCCCAACUCGCUCAUCGAGAGAGGCUUCCAUGAAAAGGCAAGAGCCAUGUUGCAGCGGAUCCGCGGCACCCCUAAUGUGGACGAGGAGUUCCAAGAUAUGAUCAGCGCCAGCGAGGCCGCAAAGUUGGUUCGGCAUCCAUGGAAGAACAUCAGACAGCCAAGAUAUAGGCCUCAACUCGUCAUUAACUCCUUGAUCCCAGCAUUCCAGCAGCUCACUGGCAUUAAUGUCAUCAUGUUUUACGCACCGGUCCUCUUCAAGACAAUAGGAUUCGGAGACGAUGCGUCACUCAUGUCUGCUGUUGUCACGGGCACUGUGAACGUCCUAUGUACUUUUGUCUCGAUAGUCCUGGUGGACCGGCUCGGAAGAAGGUUUUUGUUCUUGGAAGGUGGAAUUCAAAUGCUUAUUUGCCAGGUUGCUGUUGGGGUUGUCCUAGGAUUGAAGUUUGGGGAUUCCGGCAGCCUAUCAAAAGGUUUUGCCGAUUUUGUGCUAAUCCUGAUUUGCUUCUAUGUGGGGGCAUUCGCGUGGUCAUGGGGCCCGUUGGGUUGGUUGGUUCCAAGCGAGAUAUGCCCCCUGGAGAUCCGAUCGGCCGGGCAGUCGAUCAACGUAUCCAUGAACAUGGCCUUCACGUUCCUGAUAGCCCAAGCUUUCCUCACGAUGCUCUGCCGUAUGAAGUUCGGCCUCUUCUUCUUCUUCGCCGCCUUCGUGGUAAUCAUGACCGUCUUCACCUACUUUUUUGUACCGGAGACGAAGAAUGUCCCCAUUGAAGAGAUGAACAGAGUGUGGAAGGCGCAUUGGUUCUGGGGCAGUUUCAUUCCCGAUGACGCUCCAGGGUUGGCGCUCGGCGAAGUACCGACUAGCAAAAACACUUGAUCGACAACGACUUUGGGUAGGUCGUUGGGUUUUAUUAUUCGAUUUUGGUUGAUCGAUUAGGGCUUAACUCUGGUGAGACUUUGAGAGAUAGUUUGUGCACUUUAAUUAGAUUGAAAAAUAAAAUUUCUAAUGAGAUGAAUGCAGAAAGGGAUAUCUUGUUGGCCCUCCAA